UUGUACGUCAAGUCGAAGAAACACACACACACACACACACACAUAUAUACCCACUUAAAGAACCGAAGUAUAUAACAAGAAUUUAAGACUCAAGGACUCAAUUUGGCGAAACUAUCCACCACGUGUGUGUACAUAUCUACGUAAGUGUAUUGAGAUUCAAAAGCCUGAAGAAAAUCUGCAAAAAGGAAGACAUUCAGAAUACAGAAUAAAGAAGACAAAAGAAGUGUAGACAUUAACAAACCUCAAGCUAAAUCUACUAAACCUGUUUGUUAAUAUGGCGCAACUAAAUACACCUUGUGUGGCGCUGGAUUGUGAAAUGGUCGGCACUGGUCCACUUGCUGACAUUGACAUGCUUGCUCGAGCAUCAUUAGUUAACCAGGAUGGAGAAUGCAUCUAUGACCGAUAUGUGAAGCCAAGUCAAAAGAUCACAAGUUACAGGACAUCUGUCAGUGGAAUAACCCCGGACUUACUCAUAGACGCUACGGACUUCAGAACUGUACAGCGAGAUGUCGCUGCCCUCAUCAAGGACUCUAUACUUGUGGGACAUUCUGUGAAUCAUGACUUAGAUGUUCUAGAGCUUAAACAUCCAGAAGCGAUGACACGAGACACAGCUUAUUAUCAACCUUUCAUGUUGCAAAAUAAGAACCGUUCUCCAUCUCUGAAAAUAUUGGCCCAAAAGGAACUUGGACUUAGAAUCCAGCAAAAUGACCACAAUUCGGUGACUGAUGCACAGGCUACGAUGGGAAUUUACAGGAAACACAGGAAGAACUGGGAGCGAAAAUGGAACAAGUGAGAAGGAGGAAGAAGAGAAUAAUGGUGAAUAUAACAAUGGAGAAAGGACGAAGCCAAAUAGCAGCAAUAAUGAUGAUGAUUAUAAUAAAACAACAACAACAACAAUAAUAAUAAUAUAAUAAUAAUAAUAAUAAUAAUAUAAUAAUAAUGAUUAUAAAAAUAUUUUUAAUAAUGAAAAGAACAAGAACCCUAAUAAAUAUCUUUUGUCUUUUACUUA